AUGAGGAGGGAAAACCAGAGCAGCGUGUCUGAGUUCCUCCUCUUGGGGCUCCCCAUCUGGCAGGAGCUGCAGGGCGUGUUCUUCACCCUGUUUCUGGUCAUGUACCUGACCACAGUGCUGGGGAACCUGCUCAUCAUCCUGCUCAUCAAGCUGGACUCUCUCCUCCACACCCCCAUGUACUUCUUCCUCAGUCACUUGGCCUUCACUGAUGUCUCCUUCUCAUCUGUCACCGUCCCUAAGAUGCUGGUGAACAUGCAGACUAAGCACAAAUCCAUCCCCUACGCAGGGUGCAUUUCACAGACAUAUUUUUUCAUCUUCUUUGCUGCUUUAGACAGUUUCUUGAUCACUUCAAUGGCCUAUGACAGGUAUGUGGCCAUCUGUCACCCUCUGCAUUAUACUGUCAUCAUGAGUCAGAGUGUUUGUGUCAUGCUGGUGGCUGGGUCCUGGCUAAUUACUUGUGUUUGUGCUCUUUUGCACACCCUCCUCCUGGCUCGGUUGUCCUUCUGUGCUGACCACACUGUCCCUCACUUCUUCUGUGACCUUGCUGCCCUGCUCAAAUUGUCCUGCUCAGACACUUCCCUCAACCAAUUGGUAAUCUUUACUGUGGGAUUAACAACCAUUGUGCUUCCAUUCUUGUGCAUCCUGGUUUCUUAUGGAAAUAUUGGGGCAACCAUCUUCCGGGUUCCCUCUACAAAGGGCAUCUGCAAAGCCUUGUCCACUUGUGGGUCUCAUCUCUCAGUAGUGACUCUCUACUAUGGGGCAAUUAUUGGUCUAUAUUUUCUUCCCUCGUCCAACAACACCAAUGAAAAUAACAUAAUUGCUUCAUUGAUAUACACAGUGGUCACUCCCAUGUUGAACCCCUUCAUUUAUAGCCUGAGAAAUAAAGACAUGAAAGGGGCCUUGAGAAAACUCUUGAGUAAGAAAACAUAUUCUUCCAAAUAA